GUUGUGUGUUCGAUGUCUAAAGCGUACGGAUUGUUGGUUCACUGUGAUGCUGCUGCUGCUUCCCGAGAGACUGAACAGCAAAAAUUGGAGGUGGUUGAAAGUCAGUCAUCAUUGGUAGUGUGCGUGUCUCUUUUCAAACUAAAAAGACAGAAUUUCUUUUUUCUCGAAUUAAAUUCGUUUUUUUCUCAUACACUUCUGUCUCUAGUUUCUUUAUAAAUAGUUUAUACGUUACUUUUUUUUCGUUGCUUGAAAUUCGUUAUAACUAAAAAAAAUCAGACAAGUUCUAAAAUAAAAGAGAUAAACAAAAUUCAACCGAAUACCAACAAGAAUUUGUUGCGCGAAUAAACCAGAACAGAAAAAAAGAUCGGAAAAUAAACGAAAGUUCUUCGCUUAUCAGUAGAAAAAUACUCUCUGUAAAUCACAGGCAGAGAGUGAACGAGAGAGCGGGAGCAAGUUUCGAAUCAGACGAAAGCGAUUUAAGCAAGUCAUACGUAUUAAAACAAAACGGUAACAUUCAGCAUAUAAUCCAAUCGAGUGUACAUAAAAUAGAUGAAAAAGUUUCGGUAUUAAAACGCAACAGACAGAAGAGCAACAGCAGAAAAGAAAAACAAAAACGAUACGAACCAAAAUUAAAUUGACGUAUGACUUAUGUGUAUGACAGAGAGAAAGAGAGAAAUUUGGCCGUGUUUCGAAAUUAUCACAACACGUAUAUGCAGUCAUUCGGUGAGCGGUGACUCCAACGCCAAACACAGGAAAUUAUGAUCAAAUAUUUUAAUUCAUGUGCUGUGGACAAUAUUUAUUUGUCUGGGUGUUCGGCGAACUAUUGUUGGUGAAUAAAACUGAACCAAUCACAGUGAAAAAUAGACAAAAGUGAACAAAAAAACAGAUUGAAUAACUAAAAAAAAACUAGACACCAAAAAAAAAACAGAAAUGAAAAACAAAAAGAUGGCAUAUAAAAUAUCCCAACAAAUUUUUCAAUUAAUCAUCGAUAAUUUGCACGGUAAUUUGCAAUUGAAAUAAAGCCAAAAAACGCAGUGAGCAGCAAAUAACAAUCAGCAAAAAAAAUGAAAUUCGCCUAAUGGAAAUAGUGAAUUAAACCUCAAAUCAAACUAUGGCAAUGCGAAAUGACAGUUUUGAUGGAAAUCAAGCAGCGAAAAACACGACAAAUACAGCACUCGAAAAUCUAGUGUGCGUGGACAAAAAAGUAAUCGCAUUCCGAGAAGAAAGGAUUUAGUGUAGCUGAGUAGUGGCAGAGUUAAUCGGAAAUUGUGCACUAAAAUUGAAUUGAACACACCGGUUGAAACCCGAACAAAAACAAAACUACAUACUCGACUGCUGUCAUCUGCGAAAGCCAUUACCAUAAGCUUAUACAGUGUAUGUGUGUAUCGUACGACGAGUUUGUGUUUUUAUUUUCUCAUCUCUUCAAUGCGCGGCCGUGUUCUAUCUUUCUUUCUAGCUUUCAAAUCCAGUAAAAUUCCGACCAUUUUUUUUUCUCGUCCGUAAAUUUUUCUUUCGUUCAUCUUCUAUGGUGUGUUUCGUUCGCAUUUGUUUGCGGUGUGUAUAAUGGAUUUUCAUUUCGCAAUAUUGCUGCUGCGGUGUGCGUGUAUACGGUGAUUUCGUAAUUACACUAAUAAUGGAUAUUGUUUCACGCGGGUUGUGUGUGUGUUGCGUUUUUUUUCUAUCUUUCUCGAAUGUAAAAUUGGCGCAAUUUAAAAUGUCAGCACCGUUCCGGAUAUCUGCUGUGAAUGAAUGAAUGAAUGACAGAGGUUUGUAUUCAGCAAGCAGCUCGGAUUUGACGAAUAUAUACACACACACGUGGCACGGUGUGCAAUAAACAGAAAAAGAACAACCCGGAUUUUUUGUUAAUACCCUGAGCCAGUGGUUACGAAACUGACGACGAAUUUUUCCACACAUACACACACACACACAGAGAGAGAGAGACGACGACGAAGUGAAACGUAGCAGCACGUUUAUGGUUGUUGUUUUUUUUCUCUGCUCUGUUCAUCUUCUUCGUCGGUUUGAACAAACAUAAAGCAAAGUGGAUGAAUUGCAUAUUGCACAGACAAAAGCAUUUUUCGCCGUGAAUUGUAUCCGUUAACGAGAAGUGAAAGCAGCACGGACACAAGACAGAUAGAGAGAGAAUAAGAUAGACAGAGCAGCAGCCGGAGCACGGAAAUACGCGAGCAUCCAACAAAAGCAGAGCAUCUCUCAAAUGUGAGAAAAGAUGUGUGUAUAUGCGCGCGAUGCUUUCAAUGAAAAUAAAUGAAUGCGAUUCAGUUAAUCGGAUGAGAAGCGUGAAUAUAGGAGAAUUAAAAAAAGUACCAAGUAUCGACGACGGCAACAACGACGGCGACGAACGACAACAAUUUCUAGCAAUCGACCCGAACUAAAGAGAAUUGGAAGCGGCGACGGUAUUCAGCUUUAAACAAUCUUCGGAACAGGCGAAGCGAAUUUAAGCAUUGAAAAGGAAAGGAACGAAUGAACGAAACGCCCCGACAUAAGUGACACAAAAAUAUAACGAUGUCAUCAUUACAAAUACAUUAUAAGCAGAUAAUAUACCGCUAAGCAAAGCAAUCAUACAGACAAAAAGCAACGGAUAUUACGGGAAAAAAAGCACAACAGAGAGAUUCGCUUUAUCUCUUAGCCAUAUAGGGAACAACGCUACACACUAUUCUUUAUCUCUUUUUCUCUUCCUUUUUUUGUGUGUCUCUUGUUCAUAUUAUUAUUUUCACUUUCUUCAACGACAACGGCAACAAUAAUAACAUCAACGACGAAGACGACGACGACGUCGACAACGGUUUAGUUGUGUGCUACGCGUGUGUGUAUGUGUGUGUAUACAGCUUUUGUCGUGACUUUACUGCCGAUUAUAUCGUAUUAUGAAAGGCAAAUUCAAUGCGAUAUUCGAAACAAAGACACAAGAGCGAACAAGUCAGAAGAAGAAAAACGUAGCAAACAAGUGGAAUAGCUCAUCAUCAUCUGACAAGCAACCGCCACCACCAUCACCACCAUCGUCACCGUUACCGUCAUCGAAACGACCAGUGUCAUAGGAUAGAUACAACACAUUAGAAAAUAUAACAAGGCCAUUCAUCAGCAACAUUGAGCCCAAUUGAAUAACGACCGGAUAAAAAGGGGUACCGAAAAUUUUUACACAGCACGAACAUCUCUUUUCAACGAAAACAUCAUCAAAAGAGAGAGAAGGAGUGAAACGUUUCAUUUUUAAUAGAUUUUUAAAGAGCAGCUAAACGAGCGACGACGACGACGACGACGACGUCGACGACAAAAACUCUAUAAGCAGUGACAAUUUUACUGGAAAAGGCCACAAUAUCGCACAUACACACACUGUCUCUCAUCCUUAAACUGUCUAUCUCUCAAUACCUGGAAUAUAACGUAAUCGCCUCCCCCACUGCCAUCCGUCGCAUAUUCAACAGCACUAUCAGACGCUUUUAUGAAUAAUCAUCAUCAUCAUUCCUUCACACUUUCGAUCUGCUAGUGAUUUUUCGGCACUUAAAAACACUUAAAAACAUUCAAAACGCUCAACACAAUUUUGCAUUUCACUUGAAAAACGUUGAAACGCCACUACGGCCUCUCUAAACCUAUAUACACACACAAGCCAUUGAGCCGACGGCCCAUUUAACAUACAAAACACGGCGAAAACCACAACAACAAAAAAUAUACCUAGACAUGAAAUUGGAAUUGAAGCCAGCCCGACAUAUGCAUGCUCAACACAUCCAAUUCAGGCGUCACAACCAUUGAUUUUAGAGUGAGUGCAGAAAAAACGAGAAAAAAGGGAGCAAAAGAGAAACAGCAACCGACAACAACAACGAGACAGUAGUGAAGCGAUAUCAAUAUAUAUUUAACCGAAAGAAAAAUCAGCUUUCACACAUUCAGUCACAUCGCAUUCAUCAUCUCAAACACCAUCUGAUUGCCUCAAAUCAUAAAAAAACACGCGCACCACACUAGCAGGCAAGAAAGAGCCCACAAGGCAUCGACAACCAUUACCUACAGUCGAAACCAUUUAUAUUUCAAUCAUUCGAACGACUGUUCUCGAGAGAAGAGUUACUGCCGUGCUUUGGAUGAAAUACCGCAACUCAUUGCGAUAAAGUUUUGCAGAAGGAAAAAAAUACAUAUAAUAAGCAGUGGUGGAGAAUAAGACGAAGAAAAAACAACAACAACAACCGGAGCAACGAGCAACAAUUCUUAUUGAUAUCUUAUCACAAACGAGAGAAACAGAGAAAACUGUAGAAAAAAAAAAAUAUAUUAAUUACGUUGAACGGCGGCUUCGAAUUGAGGAAUUGAAUCAAACGAAAUUAAACACGGGAACGGCUUGCACUUCGACGAAGACGACGACUACGACGACGAAGAAGAAAACAAAAAGACGAUAAUCAAAAAAAAAAAACUGAGAAAAAUUGCAGCAAAUUUCCUAUUCAACGGUACCUAAGCAACGACUCUUUCUCUCUCGCUUCAGCGCCAAACAUAUACAAGACCAUUAUUUCAAACCAUUUGCAGUGUGGGCACACGGGGACGUCAAAACAUCGUCCAUCAAUUUAAAUCAUCACCACCACCAUCAUCAUCGUCAUUAUCAGGAAAAUACUACACUUCAAUAACAAAAAAAACCACUACAACAUACACACACACAACAUCUAUCUCGGCCGAAUCACUGCGAGAGAGUAAUGGAUUCCAACUGCUUUUAUCAUAUUCUACUUUAUAUCUUCAUCAUUUUAAAAGGAAGUCAUCAAGGACCCCAUGAAAAACGUCUGCUCAACAAUUUGCUUGGUAAUUACAACACACUUGAACGACCUGUAUCCAACGAAUCAGAUGCGUUGACGGUUCGAUUCGGACUAACACUCCAACAGAUUAUCGAUGUGGAUGAAAAAAAUCAAAUUCUCACGACGAAUGCAUGGCUGAACUUGGAAUGGUUUGAUUAUAAUUUAAAAUGGAACGAGUCCGAAUAUGGCGGCGUUCGGGAUUUACGGAUAACCCCACAAAAGCUCUGGAAACCAGACAUUUUAAUGUAUAACAGCGCCGACGAAGGAUUUGAUGGAACGUAUCACACGAAUAUAGUAGUUAAAAGUAACGGAAGUUGCCUGUAUGUCCCUCCAGGCAUAUUCAAAUCAACGUGUAAAAUCGAUAUAACAUGGUUUCCAUUCGAUGAUCAACAUUGCGAAAUGAAGUUCGGUAGCUGGACAUACGAUGGCAAUAUGCUUGAUUUGGUAUUAAAAUCAGAGGAUGGAGGUGAUAUCUCCGAUUUUAUUACGAAUGGUGAAUGGUUCCUACUCGGUAUGCCAGGAAUCAAGAACACAAUAAAUUAUGCGUGUUGUCCCGAACCAUACGUAGAUGUUACAUUUACAAUUCAAAUAAGACGUCGAACAUUAUACUAUUUUUUCAAUUUAAUCGUACCGUGCGUCCUAAUUUCAUCGAUGGCCCUGCUUGGGUUCACGUUACCUCCGGAUAGUGGGGAAAAAUUAACAUUAGGUGUUACAAUUCUACUUUCGUUAACUGUUUUUCUAAAUAUGGUGGCGGAGGCAAUGCCAAGCACGAGUGAAAGUGUACCAUUAAUCGGAUCUUACUUCAAUUGCAUCAUGUUUAUGGUUGCCUCAUCGGUUGUGCUAACGGUCGUCGUGCUGAACUAUCACCAUCGAACUGCCGACAUUCACGAAAUGCCUCCAUGGAUUAGAACAGUAUUUUUGAUGUGGUUGCCUUGGAUAUUGCGAAUGGGACGGCCGGGUCGUAAGAUAACUAGAAAAUCAAUUUUAAUAUCAAAUCGAAUGAAAGAAUUAGAGUUAAAAGAGCGUUCAUCGAAAUCACUGCUUGCCAAUGUACUCGAUAUUGAAGACGAUUUUAGGCAUCAAGGCCUCAAUUCAUCGCAAACUGCGAUUGGUUCAAAUUUCGGAAGACCAACGACGGUUGAAGAACACCAUAGUUCGAAUUGUAAUCACAGAGACCUACAUUUAAUAUUAAAGGAAUUGCAAUUUAUAACGGCUCGAAUGCGACGAUCAGACGAUGAAGCUGAAUUAGUUAGUGACUGGAAGUUUGCGGCAAUGGUUGUCGACAGGUUUUGCUUGAUCGUGUUCACAUUGUUUACGGUGCUGGCGACGUUUGCGGUGCUUGCCAGUGCGCCGCAUAUAAUCGUCUCAUAAUAAGAGCCCAACCAAACAACUAUCGCCGCCGCAUAAUGAAUAGAGAAAUCCAAAAUCAUCAUCAUCAUCAUCAUAACACUGACAAAACGACAAAGUCGGCUAAAUAAUAAUAAUAAAUGAAUCAAAUAAAAAUAAAAUAAAAAACUCAACGGCGCAAACAAAAGCAAAAUAAAUUACUUAUAAAUGCGUAAAUUUGCAGUAAAAUGUGAUUAAUGGUUAUCCAAAUAUGUAUUGAAGAAAAUGGGAAAAGCAGCAGGCAGAUAAAUACACACACAACAAACACACUGCCAAGUGGAACAAAAUACACGCAAUGAACCCAAACGAGAGAGCAUUAUUAUAAUGUGUGAAUUUGUGCAUGUUGUGAAAAUAAAACAAAUAAAUUCAGUUCAUGGAAAAGCGGAGAUAGAGAGGAAAAAUGAAAAAAAAAACAAGAAACAAACAAACACGAGAGAAAAUAUAUAGUGCGAAAAAUGAAGCAGCUAACAUUUCAGCGAAUCAAGUGAAUAAUGUGUUGAAAUGCGGAUGUAUUUAUGAUUAUACAUUUUCUGAUGGUUCUUGUGUAUUUAUAAUGUGAAAAUGCCGACGACGACGACAGACGACAACAGACGGAAACGUAUCAAAAUCAAAACUAAAUUCCAUUAAGUGGCUAUUAAAAUGAAUGGAAGGACAAAUGAAGUAAAUCAUAAAAUGACAGCAUUUUUAUUCGUAAGAAACAGUGGGAAAGAUGGAGAGAGAAAGAAAGUGAACGUGUCCUCUUUCGUCGCCCAUAUUAUGUUGGUGUAGAAGGGGAGUAAACGCGCGCACUUGCACGCUCCUCAGUGUUCAUCGUUAGAUCAUAAAAGCGGCGCCACUAACAAGAUGACUCGCGAUGAAUGAUGCCACAGGGAGUGAAGAAGAUUCGAAAUACAAUAGAACAACACCAUCACCAUCCAACCAGCUAACCAGCCGCAUUCGUCGAUUGUGUAUGCAAUUAUGAUUCGUACUUAAAGCACACAAAAGCACAUCAUUUAGUUCCUUAUCAAAGUAAAGAAUGUUCGUUCGCUUGCUCGCCCGCGCACCGCGCACGGGUAUAUCUUGUAUAUUUAUUCGUUAUUAUAUGCGGAAAUGUGCAAGUAAUUAAGCCGAACACCUCAGCGACACAUUAAAAUGAAACGGAAAAAAAGAAUGGACCGAACAGUGUGUGUUUGUGAAUGAGACGAAGUGAAAUAGACGACGAAGAAAUAAAGAGCGUGGAAAAGAGAAAUGCCGCUGGAGAUGGUCUUGUUUCGCUUUCUUGUUUUCCUUCCUCAUCUGUUUAUGUUUCGGUGAUGGCACGGCACGCGUGGGACUGAUUGAACAAACAAGGCUCCACUUUUUUUCCUUCUAAAUAUCCAUAAAAAGUAUCCUGUGACUGAACUGGGUUUGCGCAACACAGAGACACACAGCAUGGCCAAGCGAAAUGGUAUGAACUUUAUUAAGACAAGAACAAAAAAAAACAUACACAAUUUAACCACAAAUUAUAGUGUAAAUGUUAGCCAUGAAACCUCCAGAACAUAAGCACCAUUUCCAACGUUUGCACGUUUCGUUCUUCACCAUUUUUUCUCUCUCUUCGAACAAUUCAUUUUUGAAUUCUUCAUGAAGUGGGUUCGGACAUCAUUUUCGUCAACUUCUUUCACUCAAUGUCGCUCGGAUGCGACACGAGUACGUGGCUUACGAAGGAAAUAAUGAAAAGAAAAUCUGUUUGAAGACAAAACUAGAAACACAUGAGCCUACGUAAUUCGGAAGUUUCGGAGAACGAAGAUGCCCACUCGUUGAAAAAGGGAAAAACCAACACAAAUAAAAAUAAUGAUAAUAAAACAAUAGCAUUCAUAUAUUCACAAGCACAAAAAGAAAGAAUGAGUUAUGAAAUAUAAGACAUGUUGACACACGAUGACGACACAAAAAAAUACAUACCAACAAUUAUAAGCGGCAUUUUCCUCCCACAAAAUAUGGAUAAUUUAUACAAUGAAUAUAUUGAGAGAACACAUACACCAAACGAAUAACAAAUAUGGCAAAAAAAAUUACACCCAACACAAAUUUUAAGAACACACGUCUCCAAUGUUAUGUAUCUGGAAUCGUUCUAUGGUUAAAAUGAAACACACAGAAAUCAAAUAUAAAAAAAAGUAUUGAAUAUGAUGUUGUUUAUGUAAAUUGCAUGUGUAACGCGCAGCGAAUCGUUAUUAUAUUUUUUAGUAAAUGACACACCUAGAAGUAAAUUUAAACAAAACUUAAAAUUCAUGAAGCAGAAAACAAAAACGCGGGGAGAAGAAAAUAUUUAAGAAAAAAAUAAAAACGUUUCACUUCGUUGAAGUUUUCUCCUUCCGAGUUAAUGGAAAAAGCAAAGCAAAACAACAAAAACGUGAAUUUAAAUGUCAAAAUCGAUCAAAGUAUAUUCUAUGGGACAGAGCUUAGGCGAAACAAUUGUUUUUAUCUAAAUAAAUGAAUGAAUAAAAGGUAAAUUAAAAUGUAUUUAUAUAUAUUUGUGUUGGAAUGUGAACGAGUGUGCGAGCGUGACCGCGAGCGAGUGCUUAGAGAACCCAAGAAGUAUAGGACAAGUUCAUAAGAUGAUAUUUUUAAAACAAAAAGCCUAGUCAAUUAAUUAAUUUAAAUGAAAAACAAAAUUGAAAUGAAAUUGAAACCCAACAACCAAAUUACUAAGAAUUUGUUUGCUACAUGUUGUAAACGAAAAACCAAAAUCGAAGUGUAAUUGUGUACAUAGCAACACUUCCACAGACUAUUAUUAUUAAAUUGUCGACCGUCUUUCAAUCUAAGUUGUAAAGCUAUCUACCAAAUAUAUAUAUAUAUAUAUAUAUAUGAAUAUUUAUUGGAAUGACCCUCCUCCUCACGGAAAAAAACCUAAAAAUUAUGCUAGAAUUUAGUAACAACAACAAAAGUAAAAAAAAAACAAAAAUAAAGAAAAGAAACGAAGGGAGAAAAAGAAAAACAACAAUCCUAGUCCACUUAGUUAUUGAAUCAAAAACUGAUUUUUGUCGGUCCACUUUAACGUGUUUAUUAUUUCUUAUUUUCGUAUUUUUUCCUUUUCUUCCAUUCGAUUAUCCAAGUUGUUAAAUCAACAAAUCAUUAUCAUUGUUCCACGUUUUGAAAAUAUUGGCCAUGUGGGUGAGCGACGCCGCCUCAUCAUCACCAUUUUUUGUGUGGAUCAAAUUGAUUCAUCGAAAGCACAGACAUACACACGAUUUUGAUUGAAUCAUGCAUAAAUUGCGCGUGGACACAUUGUUUUUAUUUACAUUAUUAUCGACGAGGGAGUGUGACAGAGAGCAAUAGUGAAAAAGUGUUAUCUAGAGCGGAUAGCUAAUUGAAGCCGCACCCAACUAUGGCACAGGGAAUAACCAGUUGAGUUUUAGUUUUAAUUACAAAUUCGUGACCAUAUCAAACAUGAAAACGAAUUAAUUAUUAUGAAUAAUUUAAAUUAUAUUUCGCGUUCGUCUAUUGAGUCUAAUAGAGGACAAUGGUGCAAAUUGAUGCUUUUGCUAUCUAUCAUACACAAUACACAUUCAAUAUGAUUUGAAUACUCCGUUUCGGUAUCACGUGCGCGCUCCAUCCACUCGAUCAAUGAAUUUACAUGAUUUUUUUUAGCGAUGUCACAUACACACAUACACAAAUUCCGGGAAGAAGUGAGAAAAUAAACACUGAGAACUGGUUGACGCCCCAUAAAAUCACAUUGCAAAAGCUUUAAAUUGCACACUUGAUGUUCGAUUUUCGCUGCAGCCAGAGAUAGAACUGUUUCCAAAUUGCAUAAUCUUCCUCAACUCUUCGCUAUUUAUUUAUAUAUUCAUGAUUACGGAAACCUCCAUCUAAUUUGUUGCAAUGGAAAAUUAAAAAGUUUAUGCAUUAUUAAGCAUUUUAUAUGGUAUUUUCCAUGAAGCUGUCGACUGGUUGAUGCGCUUCAUUGUAACGAUCACUUGGCCACAAAGUUUGCCACCUGAAACAAACCAAACCCGAGCGAGAGAGAGAGAGAGAGAGAGAGAGAGAGAGAGAAAAGCAGAGGUAGUAGUAGUUGUAGAUGGAUUGAACGAAGGGAUAGAUAGCGCAAUGGUUUUUGACAUUGUAGUUGAAAAGCCACAAUUGGUUUCAUUAAUCAACUGGACGGUGUAACUUUUCUCCAUAGUGGUGGUUUUUUUUCCAUUCUCGGGUUCAUUCUCGUCGUCGGUUACUUCGAAUUUCAAUCAUUCAAUUUUGAAACUUUGCUGUUCGUGGUUUCAAGUUUUCCAAACGCACUUUUAACGUUCGCCACUGCGAUUUGGAGUGCAAGUGGGUGCAAUUUUAAGAGAACAAUUUUCCUGGAUCGCCACCACCCGCAAGUGUUCUCGAACUCUGAUUUCUGAUUCCCGAAAUACUUGGAAUUGUUUGCAAGUUCUCGAGAGCAAUAUUAAAAUGUAUGAUAUAAACGCAUCUUCAUGGCAAAAUAAACGCACGCAAUGAGGAUUCCUCAUCGAGGAAUUACAAAAGUGUUCAGAAAAGCACGGCUGCGGUUCCAUAAAGCAAUACAUGGGCUUACUGAUGAUGCAUACCAAAUAUAUGUUUGCGAUUUAAAGUGGCGAAAAUUUAGAGUGAGAAGCAACAGAGCGAACGCAAUAUCAGUUCAGAGAAUCAAACUGAAAAUCACUAAUUGUACAUAAAUGGGAUAUCCAACAUUUAAGAGAAUUGAUGGAUUUAAAAACAAAAAGGUCAUACACACUCACAUACACAUGUUAUUUUAUAAGGAUUAUUGAAUUAUACAACAUGACAUAAUAUAUAUUAUAUACAUAUAUAUAUAUAUAUUUUUGCAACCAAAUAAGCGAUGAUGGAGUAAGUUUAGAAAGUGUAUCACCGAAUUACCGGAAUUAGCCCGAUGUACUCAAGCAAUUGAUAAGGAAAACAUUCAGCUGGAAUCUUGUGUAUUGUUUUUACGACGCCAUUUAGAUGCUCAAUUGAAAUAUACACACAUUCUGACUCUUCAGCGACUUACCUCUCCCGGAUUAUGGAGGCUCUUCCAUAUACAAACACACUUAUUUUUCCUACAAUUUACAGUGUUUUUCCGUAAUUCUUCGCGGAAAAUCUCGUUUUUUCCCACACGAUUCCUUCGAUCUAAAAGAACGAAGCGGACUAAAUGGAAUUCGCAUCGAUUGAUAUUGACCUUACUGCACCUGACUAUACAAGGCUGAAUUUAUUUUCUUCUUGGGACUUCUGUUUUUUUCGUUAAGUAUUUUUAAACCGGAAUUAGCCCAGUUGCUAACAAUACCAAGGCACACCAUGCCCAUGAGCAAUUCUUUGAUAUCAAAGAAGGAAAAAUCACAAAUGUUUCAUAAUGUAACGUAAAUAUUGCAAUCUAUGCUCAAUAUUAAUUAUUAAUGAGUCCCUGUCCACAAAUAUGCCCACAAUACGGCGCCUAUGUCUACACAUGUUCAAAACUAGUUUCCCCGCAAAAGUUUUACAGAAGAAAAAAAACAACAACCAAGGUUAUUUUAAAUAUUAUAUGAAAUGUAAAUGCACCUUUUCGGAUCGAAAACAUAAACUUUUCCCAUUUUAUCGAAAUGAAAACAAAAUUAUUAAUUAUAACAAAUUUGCUAUACAAUCAACUACAACUAGCACAUACAACCUUGAAUAUUUUCUUAAGUAAACUUUUCCGAACAAAAAAAAAAUAGGUGAAAAAUCAUCUAAAUCUUUGCACAUUCGCCACUUCUCGUUAUUCUUCAACGAAGAUAUACAAACACUCAACACGCGCACAAAAUCAAUACAAAGUGAAGCAAUUCAAUCAAACGGUUUUAAACAGAGCAUUUUUAUCACGUAUAGAACACACUUUUUGACACAAUUCAAAUGUAAUGAGAUAGACAGAGACAGAGAAUAAAAAGAGCAAAUAGAUUUUUUUAAACGUUUUUUUUUAAUAAACAAGAAUUUUCACACAAAAACACAUACAUACACCCACACCCACAACAAGAAAAAUAAAUGGGAAAAUCAAAUAUGAUAGCAAAAAAAACGAGGUUUUUUCUAAGCGAAUAGUACAUUUAGAAUGAUGUAUAAUAGCAUUUGAAAAUGUUUAGCUAAAUAUACACAAUCAAGUCAAUGAAAUGCGUGAAAAUUGCGAAAUUAUGUGAAUGUUGUUGCCCAUUGCCCAUUGCAUAAAUUGGGACGAGUGAACAAGAGAGUAAAAAAACACACACACAAUGCGAAUCUCGAAUUUAUGAUAUUAGAUGUUCAAUGACAGGCCACGUUUCGUACAAAUGAAAUAAACAUGCACAUUUAAUCUGUUCAGUGUGAUGAUCACAAGCACAUAGAGCAAGCACAACACAUAGAGAACGAGAAAGAGAAAGAGAGAGAGGGAGAUGGAGAUAGAAAAUGACAAAGUUUUAAAAGGAUAUUGUGCUUUGAGACAGCUUUAAAAGAAUUUUAAAUGAAUUCGAAAUAAACAUUUUUUCGAGACACACACAGACUAAUUAAAGUCAUCGUUUGUUUGUUGAUAUUUAUUUGUUCUGUCUUUCUUCUGUCAUUUGGUCGGUCGGUUCGACGGAGCGUGUGCGAAUUUCAGGGGUCGUUUUGUCCCGUUGAGCGUAAAAUAUUCCAUUAUGUUAUGGCAUCAAUUAAAUAGUUCAUGUUGAACUGUGCAAAAUCUCCAGUUUUUACAUAACAAAUUAGGGGCACGUUUUAAAAAAAAAGUUCAUUGAACGAAAUUCACGCUCUCCAACAAUCAAAUUUAGCUCAAGGGCAAUAAUUCCAUCACACAGCACUUUAAAAAAUAUGUACACUUCUUCGUCGGAUUUUCUUUAGAUAAAAAAAAAGCUCAAAAUAUCUGCUCCGACCAAAGCUGAAGAAGAGAAGAAAAAACACGUUAAAUCGAGAUGAAAACGAGACAGAAAUAAAGCACGUAAACGAGAGAGAGAGAGAGAGAGAAGAAAAACAAGACCGCAGAUCUUCGCUUUGCUCCGCUCUGCGUUUUUGAAGCUUGUAAAUUUAAGGGGUUUAAUUAAUUUGAUGUUUCUCAUCAAAUUAUUAUCGUAAGCACUACAUGGAAUGUAGUUUUAAUCGUAGUAUACUUUUUGUAUACAAAUCAUUUUAAUAUUGUCAAAAAUAAUUAAAUAAAUUUAUAUGAUGAUAUCGUAUUCUCCACUUAUGUGUUUUAUGUACAUUCAAUGUGAAUGAUCAUCGUACAUUAUUUCACAUUGACAACGAAAAAAGUGUAAUUUUUUUUUUUUGAGUUAUCUCAAAAGUGAAGGAGUACAAGAACAUGGUUUUAUUUCAUUUUUGCAAUUAGGCGUAAUUGCUUCAUUUGAAAUAAAAAAAAUAUGGAUAUUAAAAUGAAUUAAUUUACGGUCCAAAAAAAUUGCCUAAAGACUCUAAAAAUUUUCUUGGGAAAAAAGAUAACAACUACAGUAGCCUACAUUCCAUGUAGUGCUAAAAACGACGAAAUAAGAUAAAUACUUGCACAAUUUUUUGUGAAUUUUUCAGAAGACAAAUGUACCAAACGAAAAAGAACUUCGUGAAAAUGUUUUCGUCCAGUUUUCAACUAUGCUGCGUGCAAAACUUUUCUCGAUCAAAUUCGGACAGGAAAAAAAUUCUAAGCAAAAAGUUUUCGCUUUUUUUUCUACCACCAGUUUCAAUUCUAUUCUACUUUUUUCUCUAAAAAAAAAACUCGAAAGAGAUGAAACUCUUUCACAAAUAAUCAAAAACCGGUUUCGACUAAAACUUGAGCUACCAAACAAAUUGCACACAGAGACACACAAUACACAGUGUUUUUUCCCUGUAUGUAACGGGUUUUUUUUUAAAUCCAAAUGAAAACAGCAAAAAUAGUGAUUUGAAAGAAUUUCAACACACCGUUGGACCACCACACAAUAAUAAGAAUGAAUGUGAAAUGAAAAGGCUUCGAAUCAAUAUUUACUCAAAAUAAACGCACUAUCGAGCUAUAUAAAGAAAUGGAAUACAAACAUAAAUCAAUAUAUUACUAUACUUGAAUCACAAUCACUAAUAUACUCUAGUAUACACAGUUCUCAAUCAACAGCCUAAUACCCCAAACCCACCAUCCCACACCCACACACUCAUUCAAAUAUUUUUCAUUUGAAUAACAGCAAAAAAAAGCGAACGAAAGAAGCUGAAGAACGGAUACACGACAAAACAGUAAAUAGAAAUGAUGGAAACGGGAGAUAAAGCAUUUAUUUUCAAGUAGAGAAAGCCACUUUGAACAGCUUCUUUGUUAUCGACACUCACUCACUCUCACAUGCACACACAGAGACCACACAGCAUGCGACCGAGUCCUGGCUAUUACAUAAGAGAAUUAAGUUCAAAAACUAGUUGACAAAGAGACUACGAUUUUAUUUGUGUAUUACUGAAGAACACAAAGAGAAUCCAAUUAAAAUGACGAGAUAAACACAGAAAUAGAUGACGUUUCUAUAUUUGUGUAAGUGUAUUUAAAAUAAAAACAAGCAAACAACAACAAUUUGAUGUGAUUAACCUAAGUUGCGUUGGUUUAUGUGUACAAAAAAGCAGUGAGAGGCAAGCAGAAACAACAAUGAAGUUGACCUCUAUCCCGAAUUUCUCAAGAAAAAAAAGGACAAACAAUUUAUAAUAGGACACUUUGCUCUUCAUUCCUUCCCCGCAGAAACAAACCAACAAAAAGUAAGAUUAAACAGCCCCGAAAAAAGAACAGCUAGAUUAAAUUCAUGAUUUUAACCAGACGUUCGCAUUUGCAUUGCUUA